ACAUACUACUUGGGGAAGUAGUUUCCCUUCCCAUAUUCCUCACUUUGCUUUCUUCUUCAAAACCAAUCCUUCACCAGUCCUCAGUUAGCCCCCACACCACAAAAAACCUCCUUUUCUUGCAUAUUCAGAGAAGGGUUUGACCACAGGAGAAAAGAAUAGCUGACUUGUAUUUCCCCCAUGGACCAAGGGCACCAUCACACCUUAUUAAUCGAUGCUGAUAAUGGUACUAAUGGUGGUUUAGAAGAUUCCCCUUUUUCUAUUUCCCUCUCUAGAAUGGCCUCUUCCUCCUCAGAUUACCACCAGAUUUUUAUGAAUCGUGUAGAUGGUGAUGAGAGUGGGAUUUAUGAUGAUGAUGAUGAUGAUUUGGCGUUGGGGGAUUGUGGGUACUCGAGGCCCUUUGUGGUUCUUGAUGUGAUAUGGAACUUGGCAUUCGUGGUGGUCUCUGUUUUUAUGCUUUUGACCACCAUAGGGGAGAGGCCCUCUGCACCUCUGAGGCUGUGGAUUGGAGGGUAUGCCCUACAGUGCCUCUUGCAUGUGGGGUUUGUGUGGGUUGAGUACCAGAGGAGGAACUUUGAUGAUCUUGUUGGUCUACAAUUCCAUGGGCUCUCUCUAUUUGCUCUUGGUCACUCCAGUGUCAUGAAAAGGUUGGAGUCGAUUAAUACAGUGAUCUCAUCAAUCUGGUGGAUUUUCGGUUUCUAUUGGAUUUUCAUGGGUGGCCAGGCACUUCUGCAAGAUUCUCCCCAUCUUUACUGGUUAUCUGUGGUCUUUUUGGCAUUUGAUGUGUUCUUUGUGAUCUUUUGCAUCGCAAUGGCAUUCAUGGUCUUCGUCGCAGUAUUUUGUUGCCUUCCGAUUCUAGCAUCAGUUGCAUAUGCGAUGAAACUGGGAGAGGGUGCAUCUGAAAAUGAUAUCAGGACUCUUCCCAAGUAUAGAUACUGCCAAUCUAAUACUAUGUCAAAUUUUCCGUAUGAUUACGAGGCAUUGGAAGAGGGAGAGUCCAUGCCGAAGCUUUCUCUUAGUCCAGAGGACUCUGAGUGCUGUAUUUGCCUGAAUAGGUAUAGCGAUGGAGCCGAGCUGUGCACCCUUCCCUGCAACCACCAUUUCCACCACAGAUGCAUCUGCAAAUGGCUGCGAAUUAACGCGACGUGCCCUCUCUGCAAAUUUAAUAUUCUCAGCAGUGAAACACUGGUCUGAUCAAUGUCUAAUAUAGUGUUUAUAGGAAAUUGAGGACCCCCCUUCCUAAGAUAAAAAGGGAAUGAGGAACGUGCUAGGAUUGAUGUCUGUACUCAUUCUGCUUUGCAGGAAGGUGAAAUGUACAGAAAAAAUUUUGCAAAUUUGAUACACUCAUCCAUCCAUCCUUGCUUCCAUGGCAUUGUAUUUAUUAGAGCAGUAACUUUUAUCUCC